GGAUAAAAGCUUAUAGACAAAUCUGUCAUGACCUAGUAGUGAAGACUGUUUAAAAACACUGAUCUCCACUUAGCUUGUAAAUGCGCAUCACUCUCUUUCUCACUCAUAUAUUCUCUCUCUCUCUCUCUCUCUCUCUCUCUCUAACACACACACACACGCUCUUGGAUUUGCAGAAGCCAGACAUCUAGGGCACUUCUUGGCAUCCACAGGAAAAUCAUAUGGGAUUAGAAAAACACUGCAGUAAGUACUCCCUGCAUUAAAUGUUUAUUAAGUGGCGUGCUGUCAAAACCUAGAUUUAAUGGUAAAUACAGGAGGACUUUAAUGGAAAUUGGCUGUAUUUGAUUUUUCCUAGGAACUGCUGAAAGCUGCCUCUCGAGGAUUACAACUUCACCUUUUGCUUUUACAGAUGUUUGUUUACUAUCCAUGUGGCAACCUCUGCACAGCCAGUAAUUCAUUCAUUAUCCUCACUGAUUGAGUGCGAGAGCAGUGCAGUGGUAACUACUUCACUUAGCUGAUGGAAGACGACAAAAGGAGGGAAAUGAUGAAUUUGGACAAUUUAACCUCCCAGAGCUUCCUCUCUGCAAUUCAUAGCAAUGCCAGCAAUUUGUUCUCAGGGCUCCAGUUUGUUCAGUCCUUCAAGCCACUCAUCAUCCCCUGCUACUCCCUAGUAGUUUUUAUUGGUGUCAUUGGGAAUUAUCUUCUUAUUUAUGUCAUCUGCAAAACGAAAAAAAUGCACAACGUGACCAACUUUCUGGUAGGCAAUCUGGCUUUCUCAGACAUGCUCAUGUGUGCAACCUGUGUGCCUCUGACUCUCGCAUAUGCCUUUGAGCCCAGAGGAUGGGUGUACGGACGUUUCAUGUGCUACUUUGUGUUCCUGAUGCAACCUGUCACUGUCUUUGUGUCUGUCUUCACCUUGACUGUCAUAGCUGUGGAUAGGUAUUACGCCAUGGUGUACCCAUUCCGGAGGAGGCUCACUAUCCCUGUUUGUGCCUAUAUCCUGGCUGCCAUUUGGCUGCUGAGCUGCACUUUGGCUGCCCCAGCCUUGGCCCACACUUAUCAUGCAGAAUUCCCAGAGUUGGACUUCUCCAUCUGCGAGGAGUUUUGGUUCCAUAUGAAAAGAGAUCGCUUGGCUUAUGCUUACAGCACUCUCAUCAUCACCUACGUGCUGCCUUUGGCUGUCAUCUCCCUGUCCUACCUGCGAAUCUCAGUCAAGCUGAAAAACCGAGUGGUCCCAGGCAAUGUCACCCAGGGCCAAGCUGAAUGGGACCGGGCAAGAAGGAGAAAGACUUUUCGCUUGCUUGUCUUGGUGGUGGCAGCCUUUGGAGUCUGUUGGCUGCCUCUGCACAUCUUCAACAUGAUAAAGGAUAUAGAUAUCAGUUUAAUUGACAAGCAGUACUUCAAUUUCAUCCAGCUGCUGUGCCACUGGUUUGCCAUGAUGUCUGCUUGCACCAAUGCCUUCCUCUACGCCUGGCUCCAUGACAGCUUUAGGGAGCUGAAGAAAAUGUUUGCCUGGAGAAAAAAGAAAAUUGGACCCGCUACAAAUUGCAUUAUGGCCAGUGUGGUGCUGUAAACACAAGAGCUGGUGGAAGUGCACUUCCUGCAACAUUGUAAGUCAUUUCCACUUUUAAUCAGUUCUGGUUGCUAAUGACUGGGGGCUCAGUCAUAUCACCACACGUCCCAUGGGUGACUUCCCCAGCACUUCCAGCCCUUCUGGAGAAGGCGAGGCAGAGAUCAUAUCCCCAAAUGUCUUUUUUUCUUUGAUGGGAGCUAGAGGCUGUGGAGAACAAAAAAAUCCCUUUGUGUAAACUGCAGGGUCCUUCCUAUCUUGUUUUCAUGUCACUGGCAGCAUAGAUGUGGGAACAGGGAGAAGCAGUGAUGAAUACAAGAUCUGGAUACCCCAGUGAGGGGAUUAAAUCUUUGGACUGGUGAAAGUUAAGUCUGUGUAUCUACCCAAAAUACAGUCCCUAGUAUAAGUUUCAUAGUAAAAGAGUGACAGUAUUCCUGUAGAUCUCCUCCAUUAGGGUCAUGAUGAAGAACAGCCUCAGCUCUCUGAAUUGCCCUUUUACAGAGCUGACAUUAUCAUCAUAAUAUAAGGGCUGCUGGGAGCAUUGCUGUGAGAUCCCAUGGCUGCUGUGUCUUGGGAGCUGUAUCACGGCACACAGUGAGAUGAGCUGCACUGCUGGGAGAGGGCAAACAAGGCAGGAGUGAAGCUGUUUGGUGAGGUGUGGCUGAUGCAUAGUGACCGACAGCCAAUUAGCAAAGUCACCUGGUAAAUUUGCUGAUGCUGCCAUCAAGGGUGGUCAGACUGGAAAACGUGUGUGGAAACUCAUCAAAAUAGGAGGAUAUUAAGAUAUGCCACAAGACAUUGAGUUGCGUGCUUGCCAUUGUCUCAUAUAACCCCAAUUUGCUGACCCUUCAGCAAGGUGACCAUGUUCCCAGCCAAUGGAGAUCAGCGUAGCCUUGUCAGACAAGAAGCUUUCUGCUCUUCCCUUGAGGAACAGAUUUUGACGUGUGUAAUGGGUAAUGCUGCCAUCAGCUUUGAUCUCCAGAGGCAGCCAGAGACCUUGAUAGGGCCUUCAAGAACACUUCAAAAGAUGGUGGGUAGAAGGGGCUGUUGUCACUGAGCUGUGAUGAGCACUGUGUGACCAAGAGAAGAAAGGCUUGUCAGAAAGCAGUGGUAAGUGCUCUCUUUUGAAGGAGUCUCUUGGGAGGAAACAAUUUCCUUUGACAUUCACCUUUCAAUAGAAGAAAGGAGUUAAAAGCUAUAAUCGAACAAAUGAUUUCUAGUCUUUUCCUCCUGUAUGUACUAAAAAUACCUGAGAUAACUGAUAAGAAUCAAGGAAAAAGUUGUGGCACCAGACAUCUUUUCUGAAGAGGCUUCUUCCAGCCAGAACAUUAAGCGACGUGAGGAGCUGUUUGAUAUCCCAGCUAUAGAAAAAGCACAGAGGCAGUUUUGUCCUUUUUCAGCCAGGCUGAACCUACUGUACCUGUGUGUGGCCAGAGAUGCAUGUGCUGCCAGGCAUGGCAAAUAGAUAAGGAAGGAGAGAGAAGAAAAAGGUUAUGGUUUCACUGGUUUCUAAAUGCAUUCCUACUGUGAAACAGUACCAUUCUGCUCAUCAACAUUCAGUAAGCUAAUCUAGUUAAAAAAAUACACAGAUGCCAAUACACACACUGGGAAAAACAUUUGAAAUCCCUUUUCACAAAUUUCCUUGCAAUUUCAAGCCGUGCUUUUGCCUGCAAUGAGGAACUGAAAAUUAGAAACUGAUUACAGCAACACUGAAUCAGAGAAGUCUCUCUAAAGUGGGCACUGUUUGCAUUUACUCAGUGAUUAAGCAUAGCUGCUUUGCUUAUUGUGGUUUAGACAUCUGAAUAUCUUACUGAAAAAUGCUUUCACUGAAUUUUGGGAGAUCGUUUUCUUUCAAGUUCAGUAUGCAGAAUAACUGGAGAUUUUGAAAAAGGAAAAACAACAACAACAACAACAAAAACAACAGCAAAAAAAACCCACCUUCCAAACAAACCAACCAAAUUUAAUGAGGUUUCUAGUUUCUGCUUCAGGGCUUUGUAGAAAAGAGCAGUGAGUACAGCACUGAGAGCAAGCACUGAGCACUGACAUGAGAAGCUUUCACAACAAAAUCCUGAGUUUUGGAGAUUUUUCUUUUAUGGAACUGUGCUACUUCAAGCUUUUCAUUUGUCAAUUUGUAAAGGCUAAUCAGCAGUGAGAUGGUCCUUAAUGUUUACAACCCCGUGUGCUAAAUACAGACAGCGUUUUAUUACAGUGAUCCAAAGCGCAGUGGAGUAACUAGAAAAAAAAUUGUUAACCACUGCAGGCCAUUAUUUCUUUCCCCCACACCACGUUUCUACCCCCAUUUCCAGGCACCGCAGUUUGGUUAUUAAUGUUCUCUCGCAUGCUAGUGACUGCAGAUGGCUGCUGCAAAGGGCAGAAGGAAGCAAACGAGAGCUUAAAUUUCUCUGUCUUUUAUCUUUAACUCUUACAAAUGAGCUUUUGCUAUCAACAGUCACUAGAGCUGUGUUCACAGCAGCACCAAGGGCUGCAUGUUGGGCACCCUCAUGUAAGGGCAGGUGCACCGCACACAUGCCUGGAGUUUUCCAUCUCCUGUGUUUGCACCUGGGGCUCUGCUGGUAACACUGAAUUUGGACUGUCACCUGCAGGAUUAGGUUUUGCAGAAACACCCCAAGAUGGUCUUGCCUUUAGGUCCUGAGGCUCCUUCUCUCUUCUCAGCAGUCCCAUUGGCCACAGCAGUGACUGUGGAUAUGCUCACACAGCCUCACUUCUGAACCUUGGCCCAGCAAUCUCUGCAAAAUGUAAUUACUGUUUUCUCUGAUAUCCAGAGUAAUAAACAAUAAUAAGAUUUAGAGGCACACUGGUAUACUUCUUUAAUCCAGUUAUGCAAAUAAUUACAGUAAAAGCCUUCAUGUGGAAUGUGUUUUCUAAUCUGUACCCCUCUCUGGGGAGCUGCUGUGCUCCUCGGAGGGACCAGGGCUCAUCACUACAGUAUUUUUGGAGCUAUAAUUUUUAAUUACAAUUUAAGAAAUCAUUACAUGCUUUGAUUUUAUAAAGUAGUGCAGUUCUAAACUUGGUGAGCCUAUUAAAAUUCCCAGCAAGGGUUUUUGUUGUUUCUUGUUUACAUUCAAAUCCAAGGACUCUCAUAGUGAAGGAUGGAGCAAGGACUGUAUCUGAACUGAAGUGGGUGCUCAACGAGGUGAGCAGAACACUAUGCUCCCUGUCUGCUGGAUUUCAUUCGAGUUGUUUCAAUGCACCAAGAUAGCUUUGGUGGGUAGAUACCUGCAUCUGCUGUUUUACAGCAGCAAAUACAUGCAGCUUAUGAUGCCUCCUUGGGCUGUUCCAAAAUGCCAGUCCCUGGAGAACACCCCUAGGUGUACAGUGGAAUUUGUGUACGUGUGGUGUGGUGUUUCCAGGUAGAUAUUAUAAAACAUUUACUGUAAGGUUGGUUGUCAGGGCACAGUGAGGACUUUGGACAUGAGGGAACAUGGAAAUGAGAAGAUUUUGUUGGGGCUGGACAUCUCAGAAGGCUCUAUUUAUCUUAAACAAGGAGAUUAAAGGAGAUACAAAAGGAGAUAGUGGGAAGAGACAGGAGAGGAUGAGAUGUCUAGAUUAAGAGUGAGGAGCACAGAUUAAACCAGGAGGAGUGACAGCUUUACAAUUUGAAGCUAGUUCUUGGAGGGACUCCUAGGGCAUCUUUCUAGCAAAUAUACUGCAUUUUCAAUGACUGCAGAUGCAGAAAUUCUUGGUGAGACAUAAGCUACUCCCUGUGGUCAAACACAGAAUUAAAAGAUGAUGCACCUAUGAGCAACAUCAAAAUGUAAAUCAGUAUUUGAGCAGAAACAAAAAGACAGGUUAUCAGAACAAAGGGCAGUAAAUCUGAAAUCAUAG